AUCUAACUUUUCUCAAAUGGCUGCAAUUGUUUCUGCCCUGAAAAACGAGACUCCCGGCGUCGGAGUAUCAGGAUUGAAAGAAAAGCACAAGAUUGACAAGAAAUUGAAUGAUCUCAUCAGAUCUUGAGCGAGGCGAAAUCGCAUCUUCGCAAGACCUCACCAACGAAAGGGUCCCACAAAUAUUCACGAAUGGCAGAGGUUCCUAGUGCCAUAUAUGGAGAACAACCUGAAUGUGCAUUUGAUGAUGAGAAUGAAAACGAAGUGAUGGAAACAUGGAUUUUUGAAGACGUUUACUUUGUGCUAGCGGAGUCCUAUACAAAUAGAAACGACCUCGAAAGCAUAAUUCGAAGUUUAGGAGGAACUUUCGGCGACAAAAUAGUCGGUAAAAAUGGGCGAAAAGUUUAUGUAAUUUGCUCAAAGGAAGGACCACAUAACAAAAGUAUCAUUAACGAAGCACAACAAAGAGGGGUGCCCAUUGUUCACGAAAAAUACGUUGAAGAAUGUGCAAAGAAAAACCGACUUCUAGCUUGGUUUAAAUUUGCUCUCAAGUCGCAAUGAAGGCGCUGUGAUUGAUUUCCAUCACAUUAACUCUCAGGAUUGAACAUGCUUGCAACACAGUUUUCAUUGCAGUCUAUGAGAUUUGGAUAUAAUGUUAGUACUGGGUCUAUCUUUAACUACAAACGCUAUGGCACAAACUUUCACCCUGACAGAUAAACUUCGUUCACAAAAUGUAGAAACGAGGGACAACAACAUAAAACCACAUCUCGUUUUUAAAACCAUGGACGUCAGUAAAUAUAGACUUUUGAUGUUUGAACUAGAUGGCGGAGCAUUUAAUGAAGUUUU